UAUUGGACAGUUUCUUUUGUAUAUUAUAUGACUUUAUAAACUCCAACAACAAUGUGCUUCUAUUUUUUGUUUCAGGCUAAAUCUACCCAAGACGUUGGCUGUCAGACUGAUUUAGUAAUCUGCAAAAAUGCACUUGUCCAGGCUCAUGUAAAGCCUUAUCGACGUAGCAAAGCCACACAGUUUAGAGCUCCCAGCCGCAGUGUGUCUUGUGACACAGGUACCGUGACGGAAAUUCAUCUUCCACAAAGUCCCAGAGCUGCGUCCACACCCCUGAAAAGACCACGAUAUGAGGUGUCUGUUGUUGAUCCCAGCUUCCACCUCAAUGACAGUGCAAGCUCAGUGAACUGUUCAAGCUCUUUCACUGAGGUCCAUCCACAAAAGGACAAGAAGUACAUUGUUCAUGAGAAACAGUUGCUGGGGCUGUUCAGAAGGUGUCCCGUUUGUACCGGUCGUUGUGUUGUGAACACGACAACAGUCGGCACACUGCUCCGUGUGACACAACGGUGUUCAUGCUGUGAGCACUACAAUGAAUGGUCCAGUCAGCCCAUGGUGAACAGCAUCCCAGCAGGAAACCUCCAGCUCUGUGCUGCUGUCCUUUUCACAGGCUCAUCAUUUAGCCAGAUUUCUAAGUUCCUGGGUGCCUUCAAUGUGCAGGGACUGUCCAAGCAGUCAUUCUGUCGGCAUCAGGCAAAGCUCUUAAUUCCAACAGUGAGCUGGCAGUGGCAGCUAGAGCAAGCUGAUAUCAUCCAGGAGGCUACUGAAUCUGGACCUGUGACUCUUGGUGGUGACAUGCGAGCUGAUUCACCUGGACACUCAGCCAAAUAUGGCAGCUACACCAUGAUGGAUCUCAAAAGAAACAAAGUUAUUGAUAUCCAACUUGUACAGAGCAAUGAAGUUGGGAAUAGUGUGCGAAUGGAGAAGGAGGGAUUUGUGAGAAGUCUGAGCACACUUUUGGAGAGGGGGGUCGAUGUGCAGCAAGUCGUGACUGACCGCCACACAGGAGUGCAGAAGUAUUUGAGGGAGGAAAAAAAGGAAAUCAGUCACUACUUUGACCCCUGGCACAUGGGAAAAGGAAUUGGUAAGAAAAUCGAAGAGCUGGGGAAGAGAAAGACGACCCAGGAUGUGAGACUGUGGAAGCAAAGUGUGGUGAACCACCUCUACUGGUCAGCAUCCAGUUCCUCCUCAGGACAGGAGGCAGUUGCAAAGUGGACUUCAGUUGCCAACCACAUCCAAAAUGUGCACAGCCAUGACAACGCCCUGUUCCCUAGCUGUCUGCAUGCACCUCUGGAUGGAGAACAGGCAAGACAGUGGCUCAAACCAAGCACAGCAUCAUGUGAGAAGCUCACUGCCAUUCUGUUAGCUCCACGGUUUGUGAAGGACGUAGAGAAGAUAAGCCCUCAGUACCACACAUCCACCUUGGAGGCUUUCCACAGUCUCAUCAUCAGAUUUACUCCAAAAAGUCAAGUCUUCUCCUUCAAAGGAAUGCUGUCUAGAUUACAAAUUGCUGCAAUGCACUAUAAUGAAAAUGCAGCACGCUCACAUGCAGCAACAGCAACUGGUGAGCUGAGAUAUGCUGUAGUGUACCCAAAGUACAAACGUGGAGACUACACAGUGAGAGCCCUGAAGACCAAUCCAACCUCAUUAUAUGUGCACAAGCUUAUGGACCUGCUGUUCGACUCUGUGGUGGUGGAUCCUCUCCCAUAUCAGGAGUACUCGGACAAAAUUACGGUUCCAGAACCGCUCUGUGCCCAGUUCCAAAGACCAGAUAAACGGGAUGCUGUGAGCAGGCACAGGUCCAGGUUUUAA